GCAUCUUAACCGAGGAAGAAAGCCCUUCGAAGCUGAAUCUAACGAGGCAUCCCGGGCAAAGAAUAUAACAAAAAUUUCAAAACAAAUACAUUUCAGCUGAAGAACUCAACCUGAUUCUGCGUCGGAAUGAGUCUUCUAUCAUUUGCUGUCCUUUUUGGGACAGCAAUCACGGUGUACAGCGAAAAGCACUCCCUCUUUUAUAUCUACACGGCCUUCUCCAAGCCAGUGAAUCUCCCGGGGCUACAUGAGUUCACUGCCAUGGGUUUACUGGACAACCGAAUGAUUGACUACUAUGACAGUGACAACCAAAUGAAAGUUCCCAAACAGGCCUGGAUGAAAGAACAUCUUGAACCAGAGUACUGGGAAAAAGGUACCCAGUCCAGAAAGAGCAAGCAGCAAUGGUUCAAGGUCAACAUCGACAUAUUGAUGAAACGAAUGAGACAGAAUGACACAGAUACUCAUGUUCUUCAAUGGAGGCACGGUUGUGAGGGUGAAACCCAACCUGAUGGGACGAUGCAGUUUGUCCGUGGGAUGGACAUGUACAGCUAUGAUGGAAACGACUUUCUGUCCUUUGACGAUGACGAACAGGUUUGGGUUGCUCCCACUACGGCAGCAGUAGAAACCAAGAGGAAGUGGGAUGAGGUCCAGGUGCUGAAGGAAUACACCAAGGGCUACCUGGAGAAGGAGUGCAUGGAAUGGAUGGCCAAGUUUAGAGACUUUGGGAAAAAGCAGCUUUUAAAAGCCAUCCCACCUGAAUUGUAUCUCUUCACUCGUAAGGCCAAAGUGGAUACAAACACGAUUUUGACGUGUAUGGCUACGGGCUUCUACCCAAAAGAUAUCACGCUGGAGAUCAAAAGAAAUGGACGUGUCCUGACUAAAGAGGAUGGGGUGAAGAGCUCUGGAGUUCUCCCAAAUGAGGACAAGACCUUUCAGAGAAAAGACCAUGUGGAGAUUUUGAAAUCUGAUGCUUCCACCUUUACCUGUGAAGUCUAUCAUCCUGCCUCUAACAUGGGUGUUGAAAGGAAAUGGGUUUUCAACGAAAAUGAACAACAUCAUUCCAGCAUCAUCAAAGGAUCUGCAGUAUCUUUGCUGCUGUUUGUUGUUGUCGGAGUUGUCCUUGUUUAUCUGUUUGCGUACAAAAAGAUGAGAUGCCCACUUGGCAACAAAGAUGCCACCAGAACCCAAAACAAUGGCACCAACGGUAUCCACACAAGCCAAAGCAAUGGUACCAAUGGUAACAUGAUCCAUGCCAAUGGUACAGGAGAUAACAGCGUUACCAUACACCUCAUGAGUGAAACUGAAGGCACCAAUGGUAUCCACACAAGCCAAAACAAUGGUACCAAUGGUAACAUGAUCCAUGCCAAUGGUACAGGAGAUGACAGCACUACCAUACCUCUCAUGAGUGAAACUGAAGGAAACGCUGGUGGAGACGGAGACAACGGCAGCCAAGAAAGUGGGAUUUCAUCUGGACAGUCGGAUAAAAAGAGCUCAGAAGAAUCCCUUAACACGAAUGACUCUGGAGCAGGUUCCACAGGAUCCAGCAAUUAAAGGCAGACUCCUCAGUCAACUAAAGGAAAGUGAUGAUCAUCCAAACUCUAGUCAGAUGACUGCAAAGGUCUCUGCAGCCUGAAUAACCAGUUUGGCACAUAUUUUUAACCCAUGACACGGAAACUUUGAUCACUUUUAUUCUGUUGGCUUGCCUCUGAGACUCUUUGUCGUAAGGGAAGCUGCAUUUCGAAAGAUUUUUCUUUAUGUGUGUUUAAAAAAAAUCAUGCUUACCUUAUUAUUCUUUAAGCUGCUUUGUCAUUUAGGCAAAUAAUUGUGCUGUUAAUUUCAUGCUUGAAAUGUUACUUGGAAACAUUAGCAAUUUUUUUUUAUUAUUAUUGUUCAAUUUCAGUUUAACAGAACUUCAUUUCAACAACUACCAAAUUUCAGGUGGGCUGUUGUAUUAAAAUCUAGAGGUCAAUAGAACUUUUCUUAAAGCCGUGAAAGCAUUUCAAUAACUUGGGCUAGGGAAGCUUAUUAAAUGUUGAAUCUGUUACUCGCUGUCUCCCAGUAAAAGCGACGUUACAAAAAUCAACUGAAACUUACAAAACCUAUACCAUUUCUUGUAAAAACUUAAUAAAUUUAAAUUGCGCUCCCUCAACCUGAGCAGCAAGUGAAAAUAAAAACAAAUGUAUUUGCUUGUAAUAAUUCAAAGUAACUAACUGAAACGUUCAAAGAAAGUUUUAAGCGUAGUAGAAUGCUUAAAGUAGACAAAUCAUUCUUGGAGUUGGAAUGAUACGAGAGCUUGUACUCGUAUCAUAGAAGCUUGUUUGUUUGUCUCAGAUCAGUAGGACAAUCUCUAAGGUGUUGGUAUUUUUCGAAGCGGAUAUUUCUAAACGGCUGGGGAAGCACAGUUUAUAGGGUCACAUUUCUCUUCUACAUGUAUAUAUGCUUCAAACGCAGAACCACUGACAGGAAUGCAGAUUUUAUCAUGGUUGUGGUUUUUCUUCUAUCGAGUGAAAAUUCAGAACAUUACUCUGUGGUGGUAGCACAGGAACGUUUAAAUCACUUUUUGCGUUUAUAUAUUAUACAGUAAAUGUGUUGUUAUCGACAUAUAAAGACUACGGUGGCCAUGAGGUGCAAAGCACUACAAAAUUAACGAAGCACAAUUACAAAUUGCAAAAACAGUACAACAUUAACGAAAACGGAAAGGGUAUGUCCCAGUUGGAGACCUGAGAGAUCACUGAUUGGACGACAGUGCUUUUGAACCGGAAGUUAUUGCUUGAACAACAGGUCCCUGUUGUUGCGAUAUGUUAUAGCGUCCGCCAUAUUGAAUGUGGCUUAUCUACCAGAAAGCUAAUACAAGUAAACGGAACAAACUUCGUAAAGUGUCGUUCUGCAAAGUAUUUCAAGUUAAUGAAUGCCACUGACACUGUUUUGAACUUUUUGAUGGAAUUAUUUCAUUGUUUUGGGUCACAACGAUUACAUUUGAUACAGCUGAUUCUGAUAAAUUGUUUUUAUUGAUGAACACACACAUACCUUCACAGUGAGGUAUUCAUGAAGAUAUUAACACAAUUCCAUAAUUCAAUGUGCAUUUGCUAUUUCAAGAUAUGAAUUAAAAAACGUAACGUAAAGGCAGUGGAUCCAUUUUGUACAGUAAAACCGUUGAAUCUAGUCCACACAGCAGGUUUUCUCCACUACCACUUUCAAGAUGGCGGUGACGUGAAUAGGACCCAGUAUAUACGAAUGCAUGCCUAUUGUCCAAUCAGCAAUUUCUCUGGUCUCCUACUGGGACAUACCCUUUCCAUUUUCAUUAAUGUGUAGUGUUUUUGUUAAUGUUGUGUUUUCGUUAAUGUUGUAGUGUUUUUGUAAUUUGUAAUUGUGCUUCAUUAAUGUAGUGCUUUGCACCUCAGUGCCACCGUAAAAGACACUCAAGGCCAAUCACACAAUUGAAUAACCUAUGUUUCCAUAGGUUGAGGUUUGUUACAUUAGAUAAGUAACUUUGUCAAUACAUGCUAAUGUACUUACAAUUGAGGAAAGUAAAACUCAAAGAAAGAAAGAGUUUAUGUUGAAAAGGAUAUUGCUAAAUAUUAAAAUGGGCUCCUGGAAACUAAAGUACUAAAAUUUGAAUACGCUUAGAAUUUUUAGGUUUUUUUUUUUCACAAGGUCAUGCAUUUCAGUUUUAAAAUGUGAUAAAUGUAACAUAAACAAUGAGACAAUUUGGCUAACUGAAUUGAUGACUAAUGACUUUGAUAUUAGCAGCCAGAUUAGAGGAGUAAAAUCUGACUUGGUUUGGACAAGUGUUUCUUUUCAUUUACCCCCAGUGGUGUAAAAAAGCAAUUUAAUAACAUUAGAUGGGUCGAAAGUUUCAGAUAAACUGAAAAAAAAACAGAUAAAUGAAACAUGCACCACAAGCUUAUUAUUACUACACAAUAGCUGUAGAAGUAGCUAACUGUAAAAAAAAACCAUUAAAACAUCUUCAAAUCAGAAAGACAUGGUGGAGCGUUCACUGCUCUCUGUAAAUCUGAACAUUUCAAAUGUUCUUCUGAGCCUAAACUCUAACGACUUAAACUGCAACUGAUAUGAAAGCAAAUGAGCCACAUUUUACAAUUUUUAUAUUUUCAUGUCUAAUCAUGUUAUUUAAUUUAAGUAUCAAAGUAAGCUAAUUGUAAAUAUAGUUAUCGGGGCUGAAAAAUAAAUCAAUGCGAUUGAGUAAUCUGAUUUUUGAAAAUUUAAUUUUUGAAAAAUCUAGAUUUUUUUGUAAUCAAUUUACUCUUUGGGUUUCUGUAGUUCACUGAAGCCAGACCCCCAGCCCCUCAGUGCUAACUAUCUUGUUUUACAAGCAUGAUUAACUGCUUGUAUUUUAGUUGAAAGAAAGAAUGAUAAAAUAAGAAUGAUAAAAUAAAAGCAAGUUUUUUAGGUAAAAAACAUUUUUAGUUUAUUUUGUAAUGUCUUAUUAAGAAAAGAAACAAGAAAAAUACAUUAAAAUCGCAUGGUGUAUGAAAAAAUCUGAGAUCCCAUUUUUAAGUGAUUUUGGCCAGCCCUAAUUGUUAUCACAAAACAUUUUUGCUUUUUAUCCACUUUAAUAAGUUUCUCCUUUAUUAUUUUUGUUCAUUUCAAGAUGAAUCUGGUUCCAAAAUGGCUAUAAAAUGAAAGUGCAUCAAAUAUGAACGUAUCAAGAAAUUAGGUCUUGUAAAAUGCAAACCUGUUUUGGUUACAUUUUAAUAAGAAAAUAGUUGUUUAAACUCAGUGGAUCUGUAUUUGGAGUUAUUUGAAAAUGUUUUUAAUUGAAUUUAAUUUUGUGUGUUUUUCAAUUACUUGUGUCUUACUAAUUGUUUUUAUGUUAAUAAAUCAGAAAAAUAUUCACAGAUUGAUAAUUUGUAGCUAUACAAUUUGGGUUUGUUAACUGCCGCAUGAAAUAAUGCGGCAGUUAAACCCAAAACAUUUUGCUAACUCCCAUUUUAUGUUCUAUAAUGAUUUAUCGAUUCUAAUUUUAAUUCUAAUUUUAUUAAAUUAGGCUUAAAAUCGAGCUUUGAAUCUGAAUGUUUUAAGCUUUGCGGUUUUAUGUUUUUUGUCAUCCAAAUUAUGUUUUUUGAUUGUGGUUUAGUUGAGCUCUAAAAAUCUGAAUAUUUCAUGUUGCUAGAAAAAUGUACAGUCUGGAGUGGCUUAUGGUUAUAUAUCUUCAAUAAAAUAUAUUUUAUGAAAAA